CCACCACGACGAUGCAAGUAAUUAUAGUGACUACAGCCUCAACUGCACCCACUAGUUGAUAAGACAUUCCUGUCCUGUCUAACAUGUCAGAUAACAAUAACAGCCUCAGCCCAGUUUCAUCCGACACGAGCUGAAGGAAGAUUCACCGGUCUCCUCGUGACGGCACCGAAGAUAUUCAAGAAGUCAAUAUGCUCUGCAGCAGGUUGCAACCGGACUAGUUAUCUGAUCUAUCCACCAAAUAAGCUGGUUCUGAAACCCACAUGAUGGGGUCUAGAAGCCCAAUAAUCCUUGAAAGCUAGACAAGGCCCUGUUUCAAAUGUCACUCACUUCCUCCAAGAACCGACUGAAUCACAUAUCCAGGCGUAAAGUAAAUCCACAGGUUAUAGUUUCCUGUCAAGGCACGACAGAACCCCCCACUUCGACUCUGACGCGAAGACCAAAAAUUGUGAAAUCAUCCCGGCUUAAAUUCGAUGACGUCCAUGGCCUUCUUAUCACAAACCCUCCUCCCCCCCCUCGAGGCUCUCUCGUGGAUCUCGCCCAAACAGGAGAACUCAGGAUCUCGACCCGCAACCUGCUGUGUCCUGCCGAUCGGUCAUAUCGACAGCACCAGGCCGGGGAGAUCAGACUUAACGCUUCUCUUGAUCCUUUCGCCAUUGUGAAUAUUUGUCGGGGUGUGUUCAAGGAAUUGAAGGACAGAAAGAGAAGACGGAAGUAACGGACGUGAUGUAGCAACGGUCUUUCAAAAUCGGGUGCUAGGUAUGCACUCCGUAGAACAAGUUAAU